GGGGAGGUGCCGGCGCGGCCCCGGCGAGGGAUGGCGGCGGCGCGGAGAGCGCGGGCUGCGGACCCCCGCGCUGUGUUCAUGCGGGAGGCGGCGGAGCCGGGCCCCGCCGUGCCGCAGGGUCUGAUCCGGGCGGCUCGGAAGAGCGGGCAGCUGAACCUGUCGGGCCGGAACCUCAGUGAGGUGCCUCAGCAUGUGUGGCGGAUAAACUUGGAUACUCCAGAGGAAGCUCGUCAGAAUCUCUCUUUUGGUGCUGCGGAUCGCUGGUGGGAGCAAACAGAUCUGACCAAGCUGAUACUGGCUUCAAACAAGCUGCAGUGUCUUUCAGAGGAUGUCAAACUUCUGCCUGCACUCACUGUUCUGGAUGUGCACGAUAAUCAACUGACAUCCCUGCCUUCUGCUUUAGGACAGUUAGAGAACCUUCAGAAACUUGAUGUCAGCCACAACAAACUGAAAAGUAUCCCAGAAGAGCUGCUGCAGCUGUCACAUUUGAAGAGCCUCCUUCUUCACCACAAUGAGCUGAGUGUCUUGCCAGAUGGGUUUGGCCAACUUGUCAGUUUAGAGGAAUUAGAUGUGUCCAACAACCAUCUCACAGACAUUCCAACAAGUUUUGCUCUGCUCAUUAACUUGGUGCGACUCAAUCUGGCUUGUAACCAGCUCCAGAGCCUGCCUGCUGACCUCAGCGCCAUGAAAAGCUUGAGACAACUGGAUUGUACUAAAAACUACCUGGAAACGGUACCUCCUAAACUUGCAACUAUGGCAUCUUUGGAACAACUUUAUCUGAGAAAGAAUAAACUGCGUUCCUUACCAGAAUUUCCCUCCUGUGAGUUACUGAAGGAAUUGCAUGCUGGUGAAAAUCAGAUUGAAAUAUUAAAUGCAGAGAAUCUGAAGCAUCUGAUUUCCCUUUCUGUGCUGGAACUCAGAGACAACAAGAUAAAAUCAGUUCCUGAUGAAAUUGCUCUGCUUCAGAAACUGGAGCGACUUGACCUCUCCAACAAUGAUAUCAGUAGGUUGCCUUACACACUGGGGAACCUUCCCCAGUUGAAAUUCCUGGCAUUAGACGGAAAUCCUUUGAGGACCAUUCGAAGAGACCUUCUGCAAAAAGGCACCCAGGAGCUUCUGAAAUACCUGAGAAGCAAAAUCCAAGAUGAUGUAACCAGCUCAAAUGAGGAGCCUCCUGUGACAGCCAUGACGCUUCCAAGUGAGUCCAGGAUUAACAUGCACACCAUAACCACAUUGAAACUGUUGGAAUACAGUGAGAAACAGGCAGCUGUGAUUCCUGAUGAAAUGUUCAAUGCAGUCAGAAGCAAUCCUGUCACCAUGAUCAACUUCAGCAAAAACCAGCUGAGUGAAGUUCCUCCAAGGAUUGUGGAGCUGAAAGACUCAGUUUGUGAUGUCAGCCUGGCCUUCAAUAAAAUCUCCUCCAUUUCCCCCGAGCUUUGCAUGCUCCAUAAAUUGACACAUUUGGAUAUCAGAAAUAAUUUCUUGACAUCUCUACCUGAGGCGAUGGAGGCACUGACAAGACUGCAAAUAAUAAAUCUUUCUUUCAAUAGACUUAAAGUAUUUCCCAGUGUCCUUUAUCGCAUCCCAGCACUGGAGACGAUCCUGCUGGCUAACAAUCAGGUUGGGGCCAUAGACCCUCUGCAGCUACAGAAGAUGGACAAGCUGGGAACACUGGACCUUCAGAAUAAUGACCUGCUUCAGGUGCCACCAGAGCUUGGAAACUGUGAAACGCUGAGGACACUCCUGCUGGAGGGCAAUCCUUUCCGCACGCCACGGGCAGCCAUCCUGGCCAAAGGAACGGCCGCCGUGCUGGAGUACCUGCGGAGCCGCAUUCCCACCUGAUGCACCAGCACAGGCCCUGGCCAGCCUGGGCCAUCCCAGUGCAAGUGAAGCACUGCCCUAUCCGACCCCAAAUGCCGUGGGGUUUUCCUGCCUUCUUCCUCCUCCGUCAGCUCCCUGUUACCCUGCCUGUGCUGGGAAGCGUUUGUAGCAGGAGCUGUCUAUGAACUGUUUUCUCCUCGAGCUGCAUGUUUCAGGAGUGCAUUUUAAAGUACUGCACCACACGUUUACACUUUUUGUGAUAAAGGAUGCCACUGCGAGCUGCCUUCA